AUGUUUUCGUUGGACGAAGUUGGCGCAGGAUUGGAAAAAAAAGCGUUGGAAAUUGGUCUUGAUUUGAUGCAAACUCGUAACACGUCGAUUCCAACGCUGAUAAUGGUUGUUACCGAUGGCCGAAGCGCUGAUGAUCCCAAAAUUCCGGCAAAACAACUGCAAGACAUUCCAAACACCUGGGUUUUUGCCGCAGCGACUGGGAACCCGCAGGCUGUUGACAAGUAUCAAUUCAUUUUGAACAGUGUAAAAUGA